AUGACAUCCUUCUCACCAGAGGACCAAGCAAUCCGCAUAGUAUGCACGAAGCACUUCCACCAAGCUCUGUGGCUUCCGGGGACUGCAAACCAUUCAAAGCUUAAGGUCACAUAUUCGACGACGACGAAUUUCGACAACGUCAGCCUUCCAGCCAUACUCUUCAUCGGUCCAAUGUUUGGCACACGAUGGAAUGCUUUGCACUUUGACAAGCUGGCAAGAGACUGCGGCGUAAGGGUCAUAUGUGUCGAUCGACCAGCCUUCGGAGGCUCGACACCAGUGACCAUCGAUAUUCGCAUGCGCAUCUGGCUCGAAACAGUCCCAGCUCUGCUGCAACGACUAGAUGUUAAGCAUGUCGCCAUUGUGACCCACUCGGCGGGGGCUGUAUACACGCUCAACACGUUAUGCCACCACCGCUCCCUUCUUGACCCAAAGGCACCCUAUGUAGCAUUCUUGGCGCCUUGGGUACCGACCGCCCACUCGGGCGCGACUCUUACCACAAUCGCUGCCAAACUUCCGACUAACCUGCUCGACUCUUAUGCCGGUCUCAACACCUUCAUUAACAGCAAGAUUAUACCUAGCGCCUCCUGGUCCGGAGGGAUCAUCUCGUCAGCAGCAGCGCUACUCUCUUUCCCAGCUAGCACAGACAUCCCCGGAGCAGAGACGUCAACUUCCACCACGCCGUUCGAGCAAUACGGCUUCGAUGAAGACACGGCUAAGCUUAUUGAGAAGCUUUCGUCGAAGUACCAAUUCGCAGAGAGCACCACAGGCGCGAACGAAGAAGUGAAACUUUGCCUCCGGAAGUGCGACGAUGCUGACUGGGGAGAGGCGGCAGAUUACUCAAGCUGCAUCCGCAAGAUAGCCGUCAAUGAAGCAGCGCUUGGUAGUCGUGAGCCAAACGCGGCGAAGGUGAGUGUCGAAUCAUUCUUCGGUGGCUCGGACAUUAUGAUCGCCAAGCGCGGACAGGAGUACUUCGAGCAAUGCUGGCAAAGCGAUGGGGUGAAGGGGAAGGUUGACUUUACUACUUCGACGUUUCCGGAGGCAAACCAUGACUCCGUGCUCAUUGAUCAGAAGAAAGGUGCCCUGAAGAUUAUAUUCGAGAGGAUUGUCGAACUAGGCAAAAACAGAGGCUGA